AUGGCCUGGCUGCGCUGGAAGUCUUGCAUGCUUGGUUUAGGCAAUGUAGGGGUCGUUGCCUUCUAUUAUCCGGACAGAGCGGAAGCGUGGGACAAGCUCUGUCAAGCUGAGUUCCUGGGGAAUUUCUAUCCCCUGACGGAGGAGCUGCGCCUGGAAGCUCCCCUGCGCCCAGGAGAGACCCACUGCUUUGGGAAUGCAGAGGCUGCCUAUCAGGCUCUGAAGUCUUGGCCAAGGGCUGCCGAGUUUCGGAACCUCUCGGGAUCCGAAGCCUUCCGAAAGAAACGAGGCUUGGAGGCAGAGGGACAGGCAGACUGGACUUACGGAGGCUUUGGCAGCAACAUGGCCGGGAUGUUUCAGGUGCUUCGGGUGAAGUUUGCGCCUGGGACAGCAAUGCAUGCGCGCCUGCAGCAGACGGGGGACGCAUACCUACUAGAACACAACUCGAAAUGCGGCCGGGACCGCUUCUGGUCAGACAACAAGGAUGGUGAUGGCCUGAACUGGCUGGGAUUGCAGCUGAUGCUGCUUCGGGAAGAGUCGCGCCAGACCAAGCCUUGGACAGCAUGGAUACGGAAGCAUGUGGAUGUCGAGACCGGGGAUGUGAAGGACGAGGUGUGGCAGAGCACGGUGAGAGCGGCCGCCAAGUGCCUGAACCAGACCAUGGGAUCUUGGCAAACGCGUCUGCUCCUCCGCGACUAG